AUGUUGUACUGCCCGCCGAAUGUGACGCUCAGCGAGGUGUGGACCAAACAUGGCAUCUCUCACUGCUUCAUGGACACCGUGGGUCCGUCGGUCUAUGGUGGAUUUAUACUGCUCUUUGGAUGCAUACAGCUUCUGAUGUACCGAAGGUAUGCCACUCGCAUCACGGAUCCCACACAGAUCUCCAAGUCGCGGCUUUAUGCCCUGCAAUUGUUCCUGCUGUUCCUGUUGCCCGUGUUAGCUGUAAUGCGAUUCUUCUUGAAUGCUCGCAUCUACACAGACAGUGCUGUUUAUGGCUAUAUGAUCUAUUCAACUGUUGUGGUGUGCUUUGCAUAUCCAUUUAGCAUCUGUUUGAUACUUAAGGAGCGUUUCUAUCUACUUCCAUCGGUGCCAACGCGAGGGCAUGGACUUGUUCUUCUGCUGUUUUGGACCCUGGCCUUUAUCAAUGAGUCGCUGGCUUUUAUUAAUCUGAGACACGAGGAUUGGUGGUUCAAUCUUAAGAGCAACAAGGACCAAAUCGAAAUGGGACUAUUUGUCACGCGCUUCCUAGUCUCUCUGCUCAUCUUUGUGCUGGGUCUAAAGGCCCCUGGCAUUAUGGCGCCCUAUCAUCAGCGACUGGUGGACAAUGACUCAUCCAGCGAGUCGCAGGCGAAUGCACAGACGGGUUCCGCCUUUAGAAAUGGCUGGCGCAAGCUGCGCAAAAUCUUUCCCUAUCUGUGGCCCAAAAAGGAUUUGGCACUGCAAAUCGCUGUCCUCAUUUGCAUCAUGAUGCUGAUUGCCGGACGCGUCAUUAAAUUGUUUUUGCCGAUUUAUCGCAAGAAGUUGGUGGACAGCUUGACCAUCGAGCCGAUAAUCUUCCGUUAUGACUUUGUGCUGAUCUAUGUGGCCCUGUCGUUCCUCCAAGGCGGCGGCACUGGCACCAUGGGCCUGUUCAACAAUCUGCGCACCUUCCUCUGGAUUCGUGUGCAGCAGUACACGACCCGUGAGAUUGAGAUCGAUCUGUUCCGUCAUCUGCAUCAGCUAUCUCUCAGAUGGCACCUGCAGCGCAAGACGGGGGAGGUGCUGCGUGUUAUGGAUCGAGGCACGGACUCGAUUAAUAAUCUGCUCAACUAUAUUGUGUUUUCCAUCACGCCCACAAUUUUGGAUCUGCUGGUGGCUGUGGCCUUCUUUAUCUAUGCCUUCAACUGGUGGUUCGGCUUGAUUGUGUUCCUCACAAUGUUCUUGUAUAUAGCCUCCACAAUUGCGAUUACGGAAUGGCGCACGAAAUACCAAAGAAGAAUGAAUAUGGCAGACAAUGAGCAGCGUGCACGCAGUGUGGACUCUUUGCUGAACUUUGAGACUGUUAAAUACUACGGAGCGGAGAAUUACGAGGUGGAUUGCUACAGGGAGGCCAUUCUCAAGUACCAGAAGGAGGAAUUCCUGUCGAUGCUCACCCUCAACAUGCUCAACACCGCUCAGAAUAUUAUACUGUGCCUGGGUCUCCUAGCCGGCUCCCUCCUUUGCGUGUAUUUGGUGGUCCAUCAUCAGACCCUCACCGUGGGUGACUUUGUGCUGUUUUCUACCUAUUUGAUGGAGUUGUAUAUGCCUCUAAACUGGUUUGGCACCUACUAUCGGGCCAUCCAGAAGAACUUUGUGGACAUGGAGAACAUGUUUGAUCUGCUGCGUGAGGAUGAGGAGAUUGUUGAUGCGCCCGGAUGUGCCCCCCUUCUCACAGCAGGCGGUGGCAUUGAGUUCUCAAAUGUGACGUUUGGCUACACCCCAGAGAAGAUUGUCCUGCGCAAUGUGAACUUCACAGUGCCUGCCGGCAAGACUGUGGCUAUUGUUGGUCCUUCGGGAGCUGGCAAGAGCACAAUCAUGCGUUUGCUCUUCCGAUUUUACGAUGUACAGACGGGAGCCAUCCUGAUCGACGGCCAAAACAUAAAGCUCGUGCAACAGCAGAGCCUGCGCAAGGCUAUUGGUGUGGUGCCCCAGGACACGGUGCUGUUUAACAACACCAUUUUCUAUAACAUCGAAUACGCAAAGUUGGGGGCGUCUGACGAAGCCGUCUAUGAGGCGGCCCGAGCAGCCGACAUUCACGAGAAGAUCCUCAGCUUUCCCGACCGCUACGAGACGAAGGUGGGCGAGCGUGGACUGCGCCUGAGUGGCGGCGAGAAGCAGCGAGUGGCCAUUGCCCGCACCCUGCUAAAGGCACCCAUCAUUGUGCUGUUGGACGAGGCCACCUCCGCUUUGGACACGCACACAGAGCGCAACAUCCAGGCGGCUUUGGCCCGCGUAUGCGCUAAUCGAACGACAAUUAUUGUGGCGCAUCGGCUGUCGACCAUCAUUCAUGCGGAUGAGAUUCUGGUGCUGCAGGACGGCAGCAUUGUGGAGCGGGGCCGGCACGAGCAGCUGGUCCAGCGUAACGAUGGCAUCUAUGCGGACAUGUGGCAGCAGCAGCUCAAAAAUCUGGAUGCAGAACAAAAUGCCGCAGACAAUGCAGAGGCAGAGAAUGCGGGCUUCGAAAAACCAAAGCCGGCACGUGAUGCUAGCGGUGGUGCGGGUGUUGCGGGUGGUGCUGGUGCUGGUCCCAGUGGUGGUGCCCACUUUCGAGCAGGACAUGCUCAUGGUGGAGCGCGUUAACCGUAGCUUUAAGUAGGCACUUUUUUGUUAUUCCUAUUAUAUUCCAUGUGUGAUGUGUGGUAUUUUGUUAUACGUUUAUGAUGCAUGAGCAAUUUGUCGAAAGUCUAAGUUCGUUUAUAAGUAAUCUUAUGCGCUACUCUUAAAAUAAAUAACGUAGAUUUUUAUAGACCCAA